CAACAAAUUGCAAAUUAACUUAGCUAGUUUUGGUACUGGAGAGAGAAUUAAGAGAAGGAAGCUCAGUCACUGAAAAUCCCCAAAAAUCAAGAAAAAAAAUGAGAUGAAAAAAGUUUGAAUAUCCAUCAAUUUUCUCUCCAUUACCCCCAAUCUCUCCUCCAAAGAUCCGAUCAGAUCUCUCCUCUUUUUUGCUUUUUCUCUCUCUCUCUCGACCUGUACAUGUAUAUAUAUGUAUUCUUUGUGUCUAUUCAUCUAGGGAUUUUUCAUUUCGGUUCCGUUUAGAUUGCAUGCAUACAUAUCGGCAAGGCUAAUAAUUGUUGUUGGGUAUCUGGGGCUCCAUUCUUUGAUUCUGUGGAAAAAAUUAGGGCCUUUUGGAUUUGUUCAGGGGGAAUUUGGCAGAUCGUGAGCUAGGGUUUGGAGAGUCGCGAAGGUUAAAAUCGUGGUAUGUGAGUGCGUGUAUGAGGAUUUGGUGUUUUACAUGUUUUGGAGAAAAGGAAGAAGAUUGUACCAGUAGUACUAAAGAGAUGAGUGAGGGCAUUUUGGGAAAUGUGAUUGACGGUGGCGGUGAAGCUGCUCCUUCUUCUGCUGCUGCUGCUGGUGGUGGUGGUGGUAAUGAUGAUAUGGAGAAUGAUGAAUCUGAGGGUUUUGGAUUAGGGCUUCAUUCCUGGGGUGGUACUGGUGCUGGUGUCGUUGCUGGCGGUGCCAAUGAGGACGGUGGAGGGGGGUUGAGUGAUGGGGGGAAUGGGGAUUUGGAAAAUGAGGGCUUCUUUGAAGUCGUGAAUUGGCGGCAUUUUGAUCAAUUGGAGAAGGAUAGUUGUAAAAAGGGCAUAAAGGAGGUAAAUUUACAAUUGGGGCUCAGUGAUGAGCCUUCUUCGUCAUCGGCAUUGUUUUCUGCUGCAUUGGAUAGGGAGAAUUGUGACCGCGAUUCUCAUAAUAAGCGGCCAAAAGUUCAAUCUUUUUCUUUGGACUGGGGUACACAUUUCGACAAUGAGGUGUCUUAUCUUCCUCUCAUGUGCAAGGAUGGCAGUGUUGAUUAUAAGCCUGAUUCUGGUGGCACCAUUGAUGAUGAAGGAAAUGAUAGCAGUACCUCAAAAGCCGAAGAUUUAGAAGCUAGGAUGGAUCUUACUGAUGAUUUAUUGCAUAUGGUUUUCUCUUUCUUGGAUGACAUUAAUCUUUGCCGAGCUUCAAGGGUCUGUAGGCAGUGGAGGGCAGCAAGUUCUCAUGAAGACUUCUGGCGACGCUUGAACUUUGAGAACAGGCCUAUAUCCCCUGCUCAAUUUGAGGACAUGUGUCAGCGGUAUCCAAAUGCUACUGAUGUAAAUAUUUAUGGAACCCCUUCCAUUCACUUGCUUGUGAUGAGAGCAGUUUCUUCAUUAAGAAAUCUUGAGAAGUUGACCCUGGGCAAAGGCCAAAUAGCAGAGAAUUUCUUCCAAGCUCUGCCUGAGUGCCAUAUGUUAAAAACUUUGGCUAUCAGUGAUACUGCUCUUGGAAAUGGUAUUCAGGAGAUCCCAAUUUACCAUGACCACUUGCAUACCCUUGAGAUUGUCAAGUGUCGUGUUCUCCGUGUUGCUAUCAGGUGCCCGCAACUUCAGAAGUUGUCACUGCAACGUAGUAGCAUGCCUCAUGCUGUGCUUAAUUGCCCCCUUCUGCGUGAGCUCAAUAUAGCUUCGUGUCACAAGCUUUCAGAUGCAGCAAUUCGAUCUGCGGCCACUUCCUGCCCUCUUUUGGAAUCCUUGGAUAUGUCAAAUUGUUCAUGUGUUAGUGAUGAUACGCUGCGUGAAAUAGCUUUGACUUGUGAAAAUCUCCACAUUCUUAAUGCAUCAUACUGCCCAAACAUCUCUCUUGAGUCUGUAAGACUGCCGAUGUUGACAAUUCUUAAGCUUCAUAGCUGUGAGGGGAUUACUUCAGCUUCAAUGGCCGCCAUAGCUCAUAGCUAUAUGUUAGAGGUGCUCCAGCUUGAUAAUUGCAGUCUACUUACAUCAGUAUCCUUGGAUCUUCCUCGCUUGAAGAACAUAAGCCUAGUACAUUGUCGCAAAUUUAUUGAUUUGAACCUGCGAAGCAGUAUGCUCUCAUUGAUUACGGUUUCUAAUUGUCCCUCUCUUCAAAGAAUCAACAUCACAUCAAAUACUCUUAAAAAAUUAGUUUUGCAAAAGCAAGAAAGCUUGACCUCAUUAGCAUUGCAAUGCCAGUGCUUGCAAGAAGUUGACCUUACAGAAUGUGAAUCUCUUACAAAUUCCAUUUGCGACGUUUUUAGUGACGGUGGUGGCUGCCCUUUGCUGAAGUCUUUGAUUCUUGAUAACUGCGAGAGCUUGACAAAAGUGGGCUUCUGCAGUUCUUCUUUGGUUACUCUCUCUCUGGCCGGUUGUCGUGCUAUUACUUCUCUUGAACUCAAAUGUCCUUAUCUCGAGCAAGUAUCAUUGGAUGGAUGUGAUCAUCUUGAAAAAGCAUCAUUUUGCCCUGUUGGUCUCAGGUCCCUCAAUUUAGGAAUAUGUCCCAAAUUAAAUGUGCUUAAUGUUGAAGCACCACAAAUGGCAUUGCUUGAAUUGAAGGGUUGUGGAGUAUUAUCUGAAGCAUCCAUUAAGUGUCCAUUACUGACUUCUUUGGAUGCUUCCUUUUGCAGCCAACUGAAGGAUGAUUGCUUGUCUGCCACCACUGCUUCAUGCCCUCUGAUUGAAUCAUUAGUGCUAAUGUCAUGCACAUCUGUUGGCUUGGAUGGACUUUUAUCUCUGCAUUUGCUUCCAAAUUUGACAUGCCUAGACUUAUCCUACACUUUCUUGGAUAAUCUGCUGCCUGUAUUCGAGUCCUGUUCACAUUUGAAGGUCUUAAAAUUGCAAGCUUGCAAGUAUCUCGCAGACUCUUCAUUGAAGCCUCUAUAUAAUGAAGUUGCUCGUGCCCUUCCAGCCUUGUAUGAGUUGGAUUUGUCAUAUGGGACCCUCUCUUGGUUGGCUAUUGAGGAGUUGCUUGCCUGUUGCACACAUCUAACACAUGUUAACUUAAGUGGAUGUGUUAAUAUGCAUGAUUUGGAUUGGGGUUUUGGUGGUAACGAGAUUCUUGAGCAGCCUAGACCUGAUGGAUUGUCAGAUGAAAAUAAACAACCCCAUCGUUUGCUGCAGUACCUUGACUGUGUAGGCUGUCCAAAUAUUAAGAAGGUUGCCAUUCCUCCUACAGCACAGUGUCACUAUUUGUCGUCAUUGAACCUUUCACUGUCAACCAAUUUGAAGGAAAUAGAUGUUGCUUGUUGCAAUUUACGCAUUCUCAAUUUGAGCAACUGCAUUUCUUUGGAAACCUUAAAGCUCGACUGUCCAAGAUUGACCAGCCUCUCUCUUUUGUCCUGCAACAUUGAUGAGGAAGCGCUUGAAGCUGUCAUGUCGUGUUGUAGCAUGUUGGAGACGCUUGAUGUCCGUUGUUGCCCAAAGAUCCGAAUGAGCGUGGAACAGUUACAUGCGGCAUACCCAAGCUUAAAGCGCAUAUAUUGAGCAGCCUUGUACCCUAAAUAGCGUCAAAAAGAUAGGUGCGUCAUAUUGAGCAGUUGCUUUGCUGUGCUAAGGGUGUCUGGGGUGUCAACAAAUUUUAGUCAUUUGUGUUGCAUCCAUCUGUAUAGUAAAUGCGCUCUCUUUGUUAGGAAGUCGUUUGUGUGUUGUGCUACAACUGUCAUUGUGUAAGAGCUGCAAUAAACUAUCUUUAUCAUUUAUGUGGAAGCUUUUUAUCCCAUC